AUGCAGCACCCAGUAAUUAUCGGUUUAAUUUUUACUCACAAAUGUCCUAUAGUAUUAUUAUAUUUUAUUUCUACAAUUUCAUGUAUAAUUAGAUGACCAGUACAUAUCGAAUAUCGUGCUCAAUCGUUCGAUUGAAAUUAUUAAAUACGGUGACAUACCGUGUCAAACAGUUUCACUGAUGACAUUGAUACCAACUUCCAAAACACUCAGAGAUGAUUUACUAAUCUAUAAACCACUGUGUGAAUUCCGUAUAGUUACUAUUGAAAAGUUAGUGUCCACUAGCACCAUAAUACCAACAGGUAAGACUUCGGGAUUGGAUGGGUUUCCAGAUUUAGUUUUUAAGGCAUUAGUAACUAAAAAGCUUGCAACAUUACUAGGAUUAUUUAACUUUUGUAUAACCCUUGUAGAAGGAGUAUUUCCGAGUACGUGGAAAUCUGAAUAACUGGUCUUACUUCG